AUGAUGAACAGAACUCAUAAUAAAGAGGACGUCACUCUGAUUUGGUACGACUCCAAGAUUCAAUCUAAUAAUAAUGCUGAACAAAUAGAAAAACAACUACGUCAAAUUAAUAAUUAUGUUGUAUUACACAAUCAACUUCAACCUUGCAUUACAUUUAUUCAAUCUACUCAUGAUGAAAAAAUCUUCUUGAUCUCUUCAAUUUAUGACACAAUACAAAUAUUACCUCAUAUUAAAACACUACCUCAAAUCGAUAGUAUCUUUAUCUUCAACUGGGAAAAACUCGAUCAUGAGCCUUUGGUUCUUGAACAUCCAAAACUGGUUGGCAUCCAUAAUGAUUUUGAAUUAUUGUGUUUUUCCGUUCAAGAACAAAUCGAUCUUCUCGAUGAACCCUCACAAAUAUUUAGUUUCUUUGAUCAAGAUGAUCAUAUGACAAAAGAUCUAUCAAAACACACUACUGAUCUUCUUUGGUUUCAACUUUGUUACGAUAUUCUCUAUCAAUUACCAUAUAAUGAAGAAGCGAAGCAAGAAAUGAUUGAUGAAUGUCAAUCCUAUUAUCGAGAUAAUAUUAAACAAUUGAAAGCAAUUGAGGAAUUCGAAAGUGACUAUCGGUCAGAAAAGGCUCUUCAAUGGUAUUUAGAAAAACCAUUUCUUUACAAAACUAUCAACAAAGCCUUGAGAAUCAAAGACUUUCAUCAACUUUACACAUUUCGAUAUUUUAUGAAAGAUUUGACAGAAUGUAUCGUCCGAGAACAUCGCAAAAUAGCUCAGUCUGAUAAAGAAAUAUUAAAUGUCUAUCGAAGAAUGACAUUGACACAGGAUCAACUCGAAAAAUUCAAAGAGAACCAAGGCAAAUUAAUUUCAAUGAAUGGUCUUUUUACAACAAGUAUUCAUCGUUCAAUUGAAUUGAGCCAAACGAUGAAGCAUUCGAAACAAUCUGAUUUUGUUUCUGCUCUCAUAGAAAUUCAAUGCAACCUAAAACAUUUAAAGAACAAGGUCAUUAUUGCUGAUCUAUGUGAAGAACAACAAGAAAUUCUCUUCAAUUUCAAUGUGACUUUUCGAUUGGAGAGUGUGAGAAUGGAGGAAGAAAUUUGGUUGAUUCAAAUGAGUGUAUCGAAUGAAGGUCAAAUACUUAAAGAAAAAUACAUCGAAGAUUCUCGUCACCAAUUAAAAGAUUUUACCAUUACCAUUCUCUUUGGACGAUUAAUGUGUGAUAUGGGUCAAUGGAAUCAAUCCCAACAUUUCUUUGAAAUUUUAUUGAAAAAUGCCCAUAUUUACAAUGAAGAUCUUGUGAUGAUUGAAUGUAGUCUUGGUGAAGUUCUUCAAUGGAAAGGAGAAUGGAGUGAAGCACGAAAAUAUUAUGAUCGUGCUUAUGAUAGGAUAGUGAAUGUCGAGCCAAAACGAAUCGAAGAUUCAGCUUUUAUACUUUUAAAUAUCGGUGAAGUUCUCUAUCUAGAAGGAAAGUACGAAGAAUCUCAGGAUACAUGUGAACGAGCUUUCACAAUAUUAAAGGAAAAUUUUUUAUCUGCCAAGGUGAAUGGAUCCUCUUCACCAAAUAACCAAUUGAAUGGCGUAUGUCCAAACAUACAAGAAAUUGACAAGAUGAAAACGAGCGAGAGUAAUUCGAGCAAUCAUGUACUUAUUGCUACUUGUCUCCGUCGUUUUGGCAAAAUCUUUGAUCGACAAGAAAAAUAUGAUAAAGCUCUUAACUCGUAUCAAGAAGCACUUGCAAUGCUAGAAGAAUAUUAUCAAUCUCCCCAUAUCGAUAUUGCUCUUACUUUACUCGAUAUCGGUGAAGUUGUUGCAUAUCAAAACCUCCAUGAUAAGGCUCUCGAUUUCUUUCAACAAGCAAUGUUAAUCUGUGAAAAAUAUUAUCCAGAUGGUCACGUCUACAUCGCCUGGAACCUUUAUGACCUUGGUUGUAUUUUCUACCUCAAAGGCAAGAAUAUAGAAGCCCUGAAUUUUUAUGAAAAAGCAUUGGCAAUACUGCAAAAAUAUUAUCCAUUAGGUCACGUCGAUAUCGCUGUAGUUCUUAGUGGAAUAGGACAUGUUCACUAUGAACUAGGACGAUAUCAUAAAGCUCUGACACUUUGUGAACAAGCACUAGAAAUCCUACAGAAAUUUUGUUUCUGUGGUCACGACGAUAUUAUUCGUGCUCUAAACAACCUAGGUCAUUUACAAAAGAAACAAGGAAAAUAUAAUGAAGCACUUGAUGUCCAUCGACAAGCACUAACAAUGCAAGAGAAGUAUUAUCCAUCUCAUCAGAAUAGCAUCGUUAAGAUUUUCAAUUAUAUCUGUGCUGUACUAGUUUGUCAAUCAAAAUAUGAUGAAGCUCUAUCCUACGGUCAACAAGCACUAAUAAUGCAAGAGAGCUAUUAUCCUUCCGGUCAUGCUCUAAUGGCCCUUAGUCUUAACAACAUCGGCAACAUUCUAUAUGAUCAAGGCAAGUACGAUGAAGCCAUUCAUAGUCAACAAAGAGCACUCGCAAUCAUAGAAAAAUGUAAUCCAUCAGAUUAUUCUUCUGUCGUUUUUCACAUGAACAACAUUGGGAUUAUAUUAUGCAAGCAAAAAAAGUAUGAUGAAGCUUUUGAUUAUCAUCGACAAACACUCGACAUAUUAGAAAAAUACCGUUCAUCGUAUCAGAAUGAUAUUGCCAACACUCUCAGUUAUAUUGGCCAUGUUUAUUUUGCACAGGAAAAAUAUGAUGAAGCCUUGCACUGUUAUCGACAAGCACUCGAAAUGCAAGAGAAGUAUUAUCCAGAUGGUCAUGUAGACAUUGCAUCUACUUUCAUUAGUUUUGGUGUAACAUUACGUCAACAAAAAAAAUUAGAUGAAGCAAUUGAAUAUUAUCAAAAAGCAUUAGAAAUUCAAGAAAAAUAUCAUUCAUCAGGCAGUGUCAUCGUAGCUAAUAUCAUAAAUCGUAUCGGUCAUAUUCUGUAUGAUGAAAGCAAGUAUGAUAUAGCAAUUGAUUAUUAUCGGCAAGCACUUUCAAUGCAAGAGAAAUUCUAUCCUAGUGAUCACGUCGAAAUCUCUCAUACUUUUAACUUUAUUGGCAACACUCUAUAUGAACAAAAGAAUUACGAUGAAGCUCUUCAUGUUUAUCAAAAUGCUUUAACUAUUCAAGAGAAACAGCCCGAAUUUUGUCAUAUCGACAUUGCAAAAAGUGCAAACUCGAUUGGUAAUGUCCUCUAUAGCCAAGAGAAAUAUGAUGAAGCUAUUGAGUUCUAUCAACGAUCAUUAGUUAUCCGAGAGAAAUAUAAUCCAUGUGAUUAUGGUGGUAUCGCUACCGUUCUUGAAAAUAUUGGAGGUGCUCUGUAUCAACAAAGUAAGGACGACGAAGCUCUUGUUUAUUAUCAACGAGCACUAACAAUUCGAGAAAAAUUUGAUGCAACUGAUUAUGUUGGAAUUGUUGAUAACUUGAUAAAAGUCUCGAAUGCUCUAAGAGGUCAGAAAAAUUACGAGGAAGCCAUCAAGUUUCAACAGAGAGCAAUGGCAAUUCGAGAAGAAAAGUAUUCUUCAUGUCAUGAAAAGAUUGCUGCCAGUCUGAGCCACAUAGGUGACAUUCAUAUGGAUCAAAAACAAUACAAUUUAGCUCUGGAUUUUUAUCAACGUGCUCUAACAAUACUUGAAAAAUGUUAUCCUCAAAGUCAUGUUGAGAUCGCUGAUAGACUGCGAUGCAUUGGUGUCACUUUUUAUAUACAAGAAGAUUAUGAUAAAGCUCUCAAUUACUGCCAACGAGCAAUCACAAUCUAUGAACAGCAGUAUCCAUCCGGUCAUGCACAUCUUGCUCAAUGUUUGGCAUAUGUUGGUGCUGUAUUGAAUGAUCAAGGAAAACUUGAUGAAGCUCUUGAUUUGUACUAUCGAGCACUAGCAUUUUACAAGCAAGAUUCAACUAAUCAUUCGAACACCAGUUUUUGUUUCAACAAGAUCAUUCAAAUUUUAAAAGACCAAAGUAAAUAUGAUGAAGCUCUCGAUUUUCAACAGCAAGCAUUGGCAUUACUCAAAAGUAGCUCGCCUAGUGAUCAAUAUAGCAUUGCUAUCAGUGCCAGGAACAUCGGUAUUACUCUGUUUAACCAAAGAAAAUAUGAUGAUUCUUUGGACUAUUGUCAACAAGCAUUGAUCAUUCUCGAAGAAUAUUAUCCUAAUAAUGAUAUUGAUAUUGCUGCUUGUCUAUCCUGGAUUGUUCAUAGCUUUGACAGAAAGUUUGAGUUCGAUAUUGCUAUUAAAUUUUUGGAAAAAUGGCUAUUGGUUGCAGAAGCUAGUUCUUCUCCAAAAGAUCUCUCCAUCACGAACGCACUUACAUGGUUAUCAAAGAUACAAAGAGCGAAAGACCAGCAUGAAUUUUCGCUUAUAUAUGAACAGAAUCUUUUCUUGAUGCACCUUAAAACUCUACCACCAUAUCAUGAAGACAUUGGCAAUAGUUUGUCGACUAUAGGUGAGAUUUACGAAAAUCUUGAUAAAUCUAGAUUGGCACUUGAUUACUAUCGACAAGCAUUAACUAUUUACAGUAAAUGUUUGUCUAUCUGGAACAAUAAACGAUGGAAGAUGGUAUGGAAUAUUGAACGACUUUCUGAAGAACUUGGAAUCGAACUUGAUCAAUAA